AUGGCAAAUCAGGAAACAAUCAACGUCGAAAUUGCCUUCAUGAAAGGAUUCAAUACAAAACAUUCUACCCAACAUCUGCAUCAAUUUAUACAACGUUACAUAGCAAAAAACCAAACCCUUCCCAAAGACCACGUGGUCAAAGAAAAUUUUCCACAGGUUGAACAUAUGGUGAUUUGCGACCAAAUUAUCACAUGUACACAACGUGAAAUUUGCAAGUACAUGUACCAGUUGUCGGACGGUACCGGGGAGGAGGAAACUAUUGAACAAGAUGGAGAUGAGAUCCAGAUAUCUAAUCAUUGGCCACUUCCCGCUAGGGAAUUUCAUGGAUUGUGGGAAAGUUUGAUAUAUGAUGAAGGCUUGAAAGAUGAUUUGCUUAGUUUCACAAAGACUACGAUGUUAUUUUCACGGAAAAAUGUUGAUACAAAUUUGAUAGCCUGUAAUCGAUUGAUCCUUCUGCACGGCCCACCUGGUACAGGAAAAACAAGUCUUUGUAAAGCUUUGGCGCAGAAACUGUCCAUCCGCAUGAUCGAUCACUACAAACACGCUCAUUUGAUCGAAAUCAACAGUCACAGUUUGUUUUCCAAGUGGUUCUCCGAGAGCGGAAAACUAGUUCAAAAGGUUUUUGGACAAAUUCACGAGCUCUGUCAGGAUCGAUCAGCACUGGUUUGCGUACUGGUAGAUGAAGUGGAAUCUAUAGCCUUCGCCAGAGAAUCUAUUUCUAACAAUGAACCGAGUGACAGUAUUCGAGUUGUAAACGCUGUACUCACUCAGCUGGAUCGAAUUCGAAAAUAUCCGAAUGUUUUUGUACUAGCCACUUCGAAUCUAACUGGAAGCAUCGAUUUGGCUUUUCUGGACAGGGCUGAUAUAGUGCAGUUUAUCGGGAAUCCUAAUCAUCAUGCGAUAUGUGAAAUUUAUCGAACAUCCCUUAUUAAUCUAGUGAUUGCUGGAAUCAUUAGCUACGACAAAAAUAUUCCAACCGAUGAAUACUUUACUAGACUGAGAGAAGUUGCAGAAUUGAGUGUUGGAUUGAGCGGGCGCAGCCUACGAAAAGUUCCAUUCUUGGCACAUGCUUUGUUCGUGAAGCAGGAGGAAACAACGAUGCUCCAUUUUUUGGAAGCCAUGAAAAGUGCGAUUCUUCGUAUGCACAACGAUAAAAAAAUGCUUGAAACAAAAGCGCGACUGAAAUAAUUGCCCAACUAUCGUGCUAUUCCCGGUGAGAAGGAAAACGAUGGUCAAAUGAAGUCAAACCCUAUUUGAAACUUUGGAUUGUGAAUCACAUUUUUCCUUU